AUGCACUUCCUCUCUCGACGCUCUGCGGAACCGUCAAGGCUAUCUUCUGAUUUGGACAUAGCUGGAGGAAGAAACGCUGCAGCAGAUAGUGCUGUUCCCCAGGAGAAAUCUCCAAGUCGUGUUCUUAAACGCGUCACCACCCUCUUCAACCCUCGCAAAAGAACUUUGUCCAAGAACACUAGCCCCGUGGGCGGCCAUGGAGCAGUUGGAUUCAUUCGUGAUGCCGCUGCAACAUAUCCCCGAUCCUCUAGUGAUUCCUCUACUGCAUCACCAGACGAAAUUAGGAGACCCAGCGGCCUGGGACGCAGAGCCAGUUUGAUGGAGUCUUUACAAUCACCCAGCGAUCUAGAACGGUCAAAUGAAAAUGGAGGAUUGUUUGCAGAACACGCAACACAUGCAGGUGUUGCGAUCCAGCGCCUUCCUGUGGAGCUGUUAGAGACAAUUCUGUCUUUCUUACCCAAGUUCGAUUUGCCGCGUAUUGCCCUUGUUUCGGCUCAACUCUGCGACGCGUCGCGUAACAUAUUAUAUCGGAUACUCGACUUCCAAUUGAUAUCAGAGCCACAAGUUGAAAAGCUUUGUAGAACCCUUGCCACCCAUGCGUCUCUCGCUGCAAAGGUCCAAUCUUUCUUGUGUCACUUUUGGCCAGCAACGACAUCAUCUGACGGCCAUCUUAUACCAUCUCUUGAUCUCAUGACUGCGUUGCAUAAUAUGUCGAACUUGCAAUCUCUUACGCUACGGACAUUUGUUCCAGUAUUUUCGCAGUCGCCUCUUCUUUCUUUCCGAUUGAAGACAUUGGUCAUCCUUGAUGACACAAUCUCUGUGGAGCAAAUCAUCGACAUUCUACAUUUCCUCAGAAAUCAAUCCUCCCUACAAUAUCUAGCCUUUCCUAACGUCGUCGAGAAUCCCUCAUUACCCGAAUGUUCCUUCAAUCAACCCAUAUUUGCAUCUGGUCUCGCACGAGAAACCAUGUUGCCAUCGCUCUCUCAACUACAUGCUCCUCCACGACUCAUGAUGGCAAUAUGCUCCUUACUGGGACAAGCGCUCCAAACUGUUGUUUUGGAUGUCACCACCACGCUGUACACAGGGUUGCGGCCUGCCGUACUCCUCCGUGCAAUUCAAGGUGUCUCCAAACUGGAUGUAGUCUUCACUCACGAAGUGGACAAACGAACAGUUGAAAAAUUCUUGGGUGCUGCUGGUGGAAUACUGUCCGGUAGCGGCGCUGCCAAUAGUCGCGGCCUCACCGUUUUGGAGGUAGAGGUGCUUUGGAUGGAAGAUGACACUGCCGAAAUACUAUAUGGCAUCAUCGAUGCAAUCAUCUCGCGGUUUAAUGGCCUGCGCACACUCAAGAUCACCACACCAUUUCGUUCCAGACAGUCACAAUUGUUGACACCCCCAUUGUCUGGAUCCCUCCAACUGUCCACAUCAUCCAAUACUCCCACAACGCCCUCGUCUGGCCUUUCCUCGAUGUUGAUUACUUCACCUGUGGGCGUUGUUCUAUCAAGUGAGUUUGUGAGCUCAGGUACAGAGAGGACACAUGCCAAAAUGUGGACGAAAGCUUGCUCUACGCUGAGUGACAUUCAGUUUUGUUUUCCGGAUCCAUCGCUAGAGGCAGACGUUGGGCUGUGUGGAGUCUGGUUUCACAGGAGGGAGUGA